GAGGGGGUUCAAGCGGGAGGGGUGCGCUGGUGCCUCAGACGGGAGCGGGAGUCUCUAGGACCCUUGCCCCAGCGCUGGUCUGUGCUCCUGGACGGGUUCUCGGCCUGGGGAAGGCGGCUGGAGGUCCCCGGCCCUCGGCCUCCCGGGCGCAGGUGGGGCUGAGUCCCCGUCCGGAGCAGGCGCUCGCCGCGGGCCGGGCUAUACGGGGACCGUGUGCCCGGCGCCGCCUUCAGCCUGGCCGGGAAAAGCCCGUGUGGGCGGCGGGGUGAAGGCCCAGAGGCUCCGUGCCUACAGGGAGGAUGAUCCCCAACUGGAGUGCUGAGCUUUUCGGAGGUGAAUCAAGGAGCUGCAAGGCAGCCGGGUCUCGUGAGCCCUGUUCCCUUUCUGUCCCCUCAGCUGAGUCACAGCUUUCUACACUCUUCCCAGAGCUGCAGAAAAUGAACAUACCUCAGGGGUCAGUGUCAUUCAAGGACGUGACUGUGGAGUUCACCCAGGAGGAGUGGUGGGCCCUGGGCCCUGCGCAGAGGACCCUGUACAGAGAUGUCAUGCUGGAGAACUACAGCCACCUCGUCUCAGUGGGGUGCUGCUUUACAAAACCAGAACUGAUCUUCACAUUGGAACACGGAGAAGAUCCAUGGUUAUUAAAAAAAGAAUUUCCAGGCAGAAGUUCUCCAGAAGAAUCCCAACCUGAUCAAUUCUCAGAGAAGAACCUAGAAAACCAAGGAAAACAUUUGUGGCAAGUUUUAUUCACCAACAAAGCAUUGACUACAGAGCAAGAAAUUUUGGGAAAACCAUGUAACCUGGCCAUAAACAUUUUUCCUGCAAGAUCAGUGCCAUCUAAAUUUAACACUACAAGACCUUACUUGUGUCUCAGCUCACUGACCUCACACUGUCAGUGUUCAAGAGAGAAGGCUCGUGAACUUAAUGUAUGUGAAAAAUGGCUCCUCAGUAUUAAGGAAAGCAGAAGUAAAACUGGAGAGAAACCCUUUAUUUAUAGAAAAAAUGUGAAAGCCUUUAUUCAUAAAGCGGAAGAUGUUCCACAUCAGACAAUUCAGACUUUGCAGCAAGCAUUUGAAUAUAAUGAAUGUGGAAAAGCUUUCCUUAAAGAGACCUCCCUCAGUUCAUCUAAGAGUACCCACCGAAAAGUGAAAUUACAUAAAUUCAGUAAGUCUGGGGAAAAACAAUGUGAUAAAUUAACACUGAUAGUCUCUCAUGGCAGUAAUCCAGAGAAGAGUUACUGUGAGUUUAAUGAAUAUGAGUAUACUGAAAACAAAAAUAAUUUGAGUAGGAUCACUCAAAGAACUGACCCAAAAGGGAAAUCUUUAAGCCAAACAUCACACAUUAGAGAACAUCAGAAAAUUCAUACAGAGGUGAAACCUUUUGAACAUGGAAAUAGUUUCCACCAUAAUUCAGCCCUCCCAGUGCAUCAGAGAACUCACAUGAGAAACAAAUUCUCUGAUUAUGACACAUGUACCAAGACAUUGGGUUACCAGUCAACUUUAAAUGUACAUCACAGAACCCACAUAGCAGUAAAAAGCUAUGAGUGUAAUGAAUGUGGAAAAUCCUGCUCUAUGAAUUCACACUUAAUUCAGCCUCAGGAAAGCCACACAGGGGAGAAACCCUAUGAAUGUCAUGAAUGUGGGAAAGCUUUCAGUGAGAAGUCACGUCUAAGAAAACAUCAGAGAACUCACAUAGGAGAAAAGCCCUAUAAAUGUGAUGAAUGUGAGAAAGCUUUCAGUGCAAAGUCAGGCCUUAGAAUACAUCACAGAACUCAUACAGGGGAGAAACCCUUUGAAUGUAAUGAAUGUGGGAAAUCUUUCAACUACAAGUCAAUCCUCAUAGUACAUCAGAGAACUCACACAGGGGAGAAACCUUUUGAAUGUCAUGAAUGUGGGAAAUCUUUCAGCCACAUGUCAGGCCUAAGGAAUCAUCAGAGAACUCACACCGGAGAAAGACCAUAUAAAUGUGAUGUAUGUGGGAAGGCUUUUAAACUGAAGUCAGGUCUAAGAAAACAUCAUAGAACUCACACAGGGGAGAAGCCCUAUAAAUGUAAUCAAUGUGGGAAAGCUUUUGGUCAGAAAUCACAACUCAGAGGACAUGAUAGAAUUCACACAGGGGAGAAACCCUACAAAUGUAAUCAUUGUGGGGAAGCUUUUAGCCAGAAAUCAAACCUAAGAGUACAUCACAGAACUCACACUGGGGAGAAACCCUAUAAAUGUGAUGAGUGUGGGAAAACUUUCAGGCAGAAAUCAAACCUCAGAGGACAUCAAAGAACUCACACUGGGGAGAAACCCUAUAAAUGUAAUGAGUGUGGAAAAGCUUUCAGUGAGAAGUCAGUUCUAAGAAAACAUCAGAGAACUCACACAGGAGAGAAACCCUAUAAUUGUAAUCACUGUGGAGAAGCUUUCAGCCAGAAAUCAAACCUCAGGGUACAUCAGAGAACUCACACAGGGGAGAAACCCUAUAAAUGUGAUAAAUGUGGGAAAACUUUCAGUCAGAAAUCAAGCCUUAGAGAACAUCAGAAAGCCCAUAGGGAAUUAAACGUUCAUACUGGAGAGAAAUUUUAUGAACAUAAUAGAAAUGGGAAAGCCAUCAGUUACAAGAAAAAGCUUCCUGACCAUCAAAAAACUCACUCUGAGGUAAAACGCUAUAAAUGUAAUGAAUGUGGAAAAUCCUUCUGUCAAAAAGGACAUCUCAUUCAACAUCUGAGAACUCACACUGGAGAGAAGCCAUUUGAAUGUAAUGAAUGUGGAAAAACUUUCUCCCAGAAGUCACACCUCAGUACACAUCAGAGAAUUCACACAGCAGAGAAACCCUAUAAAUGUAAUGAAUGUGGGAAAACAUUUGUCCAGAAAUCAACCCUCAGGGGACAUCAGAGAAUUCAUACAGGAGAGAAACCCUAUGAAUGUAGCGAAUGUAGGAAAACUUUUGUUCAAAAGUCAACCCUCAGAGAUCAUCAUAGAAUUCACACAGGGGAGAAAUCUUUUCAGUGUCAUGAGUGUGGGAAAACUUUUGGCCAGAAGUCAAACCUCAGAAUACAUCAGAGAACUCACAGUGGUGAGAAAACUUACCAAUGUAAUGAAUGUGAAAAAUCCUUCUGGCGAAAAGACCAUCUCAUUCAACAUCAGAAAACACACACAGGUGAGAAACCAUUUAAAUGUAAUGAAUGUGGGAAAACUUUUGCCCGGACAUCAACCCUCAGAGUGCAUCAGAGAAUUCACACUGGGGAGAAACCAUUUAAAUGUAAUGAAUGUGGGAAGAAAUUUGUCCGGAAGGCAAUCCUUAGUGAUCAUCAGAGAAUUCAUACAGGGGAGAAACCCUUUCAGUGUAAUAAAUGUGGAAAAACUUUUGGACAGAAAUCAAAUCUCAGAAUACAUCAGAGAACUCGGGAGAAAUCUUACAACUGCAGUGAAUACAGAAAAUUGUAUAAGUCAACUCUAAAUGUAUGCCAGGGAAUUCAUGGAGGGGGAAAAUCUUAUUGAUAUAAUAACUGUGGAAAAUCUUUCUGGCUAAAGGAUCAGCCCAUAUGACAUCAGAAAAUUCACACAGAAAAGAAACCAUAUAAAUAUGAAUACAGAAAGAAUUUUGUCCAAAAGGCAAUCCUGAGGGUGUAUCAGAGAAUUCACAAUGGCUUCUAAUUUUUUGAAAGUACUAUGGAAAGCCCUUUUUGAAUGAAGUCAUGCCCUUUUCAAUAACUAUCACACAUCACAUGGAUAGGUAAUCUCACUAAUAAGAAUUUAAUUUUUUUUGUCUAAGUAGAUAACUAACCUAAUUUCCCAGUCUCCCUUUCAUCUGAGUGGGGCUUUUUGACUAGCAAGUGCACUCUGGAUGCCCAUGAUGUAUGCCACAAGCAGUUCUGAUAAAUAAAACAUCCCUGGCAGGCUAGCAGGCUCCUCAGAAUAAAAUGGAAAUAGCUUCCAGGACAACCUUGGGCACCAUGCUUUAACAUAGCAUAGCACAAGAUAAAAGCCUUAAGUUUAUGGAACAAAAUUCUCUUCCAUAUCUUUGUCAUUUGAACAUUUUGUGAGCCAUAAGCAAGCAUAUAUUCUGUUGAGUUUGGACAUGUUUGGGUCUGUUUUUGCAAUUAUAUCUGCUAGGAAGCAGAAAACUAAGCGAAGCUAAUAUCACCCAGAGAAUGCAAACCUUAUUACAGGGUUGCUGUGUCAAGGAGUUCCUCAAAAAUCACCAGGAAGUAUGUACAAAAGACAGCCUUUCAAUGUAGUGAAAUAUACGGCAUCACCUUAUACAGGUGAAUCUAAGAAGUUGUAAGGUUUGUUUUUUGGCUGGGUGGUGAAGAGCUAUUAAUGCAACUAAAGUAAAUGUGAUUUGCUUCAUAACAUGCCACUUUCCCUUCACAUCUGGUACCUUCAUAUACCCCAGCUGCUUUAAGGGGAAAGGGGUUUUUUUGGACUCCAAAGGGAGCCCAAGGCCAUUGGCACCCACCUAAGUAUUCUGGGAAAUUUUGAGGAAGUGGGAGACUUAAAACUUUUAUGGCUCUUUGGUUACAGGUGCCCAAGUGAACAUCUUCCCGUGGAGGCAGGAGUAUUUAGAUUUAGAUAAUCAUUAGAGCAGGGUUUACAGUAAGGAAGGGAAAUGAAUGUGACCUUAUGAAUAAGUGGGGCCAGUGCAGUGUACUGUGUUUACUUCUAAAUAUGAAUGUAUGGUAGGAAUGUUAUGUGUGUACUUUUCCUUCCCAUCAUAACUUAUCAGGGAAUUCCUUGAGAUCCCACAAUCCUCAAUGACCAACUGGGGCUUGAGUGUAGUGAUUUUGUUGAUUGGAACAUCUGGAAAAAUUAGAUGCCCAUACAGAUGAGGGAAAGGCUUGAUACCCUGAUGACUACUACGUAUACUCCUUGUAUAAAGCAGCUGUUAGUUUACUUGUGAGCUCUUUUACACUAAACACCUGACUCAGAGGCCUCUGACUUGAUAUUCCAACUUUCAGGUGUAUCAUCUUGGACUUAACUACCAAGAUAUAAAGGACUCAACAAGUUUCAUGUGUGAAAUGUACAUGGUAUAUUCAAGAAUACAGCUGUCCUGCCCUAGCAGUUAACUCAGCUGUAGAUGAAACUAGCAGCUAUCCCUUAGGGAAGAAAUUUACCCCCGGUUGACUAUCUGAAGCAAAGCUGUUAGCUCAGUAGGGUCCUCACAGAGGUUACUCUGGGCCUGGUUCACUGAUUGUUGGGUGAGUUGAAACCACUCAGACACUGACUAAUCUCAGGGUCAUUAUGCAGACCCCAAAACUGAUGUGGCUGCCCCUGUCAGUCGGCAAGCCACAAGGUUGUUCUCAACUCUGGUCAGUAUUCCCUUUGAUGAAACGGUGCCUUUUUAAUGACUCAGGUUCUUGCUGUCUCAUAUUUGACACGCCAGUUGUAAAACUAGAGACAAAAGCACUCCUGGUGCUCCAUGCUGUGGGGGGAAAGUCACAGCUGCUAAAUGAGCACAACAUCUGGGUUGUUAAACCAGGUGCUCAUCAUAAGAGACUGUUCUCUGAUGAGACCAGAAUCAAGAUGCUGAUCAAGUCUUCACUACCCUGACUGCCAGCAUUGCUAUUGGAUCCAUGUCAUACUGAUAAAGCAUUCAUCAUCUCACACUCGAAACAAAGUAAGGUCUCCGUGUAUCCAAUGCUUCCUUUAAGGUCAUUUGAUGUAAGAAUCUACAAGUCUCUUUCUUUUGCAUUAAUGAAUAGCUAAUGCUCCAUAUGCCACUUGGUAAUUCACCCUUUCCUACUGAUUUUAAAUAUCUUCAUAUGGCAAAUUGUCAUUUGUAAAGUUAUUGCAUAGGGCUGCUCAUGACCCAUACAUUCUACUAGUAAUGUACUUUACUUUUGUGAACAGGGCUAGCACAUACCUCAUCUGAGCCAAAAUACUCUUAUCUGGCCUGAUGGUGAGUAUUUCACUGAAGAAUAUUUGAAUCAGUUUAGGAGAGAAUACCUUCUAGAAAUUUGGAAAUGGAAUCUCUCUGAAGCUGCCAGCAGCAUUACCAAGAUGCAUCUGCAAUAAAAAAAAAAUGUCCACUUAGUGCUAUAUUCCCAGAAACAAAAUUGGGAGAUUACUGUUUAUGCUGUUUCUGUAAUAGUUGGUAAUAUAAAGUUUUCUAUUUUUAACAUAUUUCUGUUUCUUGAUAUUUAGAAUCAUCUCACACCCCCUGUUAUAUAUAAUCUUUUAGGACUAUGAUUAGAUUUGCUAUUACAUUAAUGAUCAUCUGUCCAUCAGGAUGAGACCAAUUCACCCAAGUGACCUGAGUCAUUCAGGGAAAGGCCUGGUGACAAAGUCUUGUGAUCACUCCGGUUUUACCUGCUAUCCCUUUGUUGGGGUAGGCCCACAGGAUUUAUCUAUACUAAUUAUCAACUGAAACUGCAGUCUAUGUCAUAUUCAUAAAUUCUCCUUUAUCCGUGCCUGGAGGAUCUCCUUUUCAGGUUGUGGACCUUUAUUCCAACAGAUGGCUGCCUCAUCUAGACACACUGGAGAAGCCAAUUUUCUGUCCACCUGCCUACUCAGGGUCUUCAAGCUAAUUAAAAAAAAAAACCUUGAUGAGGGCAUCUGUUCAUAAUGCAACACAAGCAUAUGAAACAGUCCCUCUGCAUGUUGGGCACUCAGAAAUACUUGUUGAAGAUAGAGUUUUCAAAGUGAAGUCUGGACAUUUUUCCUCUUGAUGCUGCAAAUAGUCUUUUGAAGUUCUUUAUUAUAAAUAGUUAAAGUUAUUGCUGUAAGCUCCACUCAAAGACUUGUGUUUUGGAUAUUUUCAAAAAUUGCUAAAAGAAACAACUUGUUCUUAAGAAUAUGAAUAAGAAUAAAUAUUUAGAAGUGUAGAGUACUAUUCCACAGAUCUUUGUCAGUGAAAACAAUUUAUUUUCAAUUAACUAAAAUUGCCAAAUUCAAAAUUGUCUACAUAGCAUCAGUUCUUUAUUAGCAUUCUAAAGUGUAGACAUUUGGGUUUUUUGCAGUGGUGGUGGUGGUGUCUUUUACAUUGCUUCCACACAAAUACACUAAGUACCAGUCCAAGCAAUUUUGCAAAACAAAAGUAAUGAUAAAUCAGAUUUUCAGCACCACAUGGGAAAGCAAAGGAAUUCGUUCUUGGGAUCAUAUCUUUAAGCCACUGUACCAGUACUUCCAUUCACUUUUACUUCUAAGUCAUAGCUCCAAGGAGAAACUUUUUGUUUACUUAGGCUCAAGAAUCUCUGAGAGAUCCAACCUGAAAACAAGGCACACAAGACCUGUUCUGACCUGCCUCUAUAUUUAUCUUUCCUUGCCAGAUAAAUAAUACUUGUUUUCUUAUAUUAAAGGUCUCCCUGGAAACCCAGCAAAAAUAAUAUAUUCUAUACUUCUACCAGGGUAGUUUGACACUAUAAUGGGGCAAAAACAAACUUGUUUUCUUAUUGGAGAUUGCAAUUCCCAAGCACCAUUAGCCUGCCUGGCCCAUUGGCUAUUUUAGUGAUCUUCCAGUAUUCUAAAGAACUGACUGGCAACCCACAGAACAGUAUGUUAGUUUAUCAGCUGAUUGACCCUUGAUAUAUAAUUAAUAAACUAAGAAACUACUUGGCAUGUCUUUGUAGCAAUUUAAUCCUGUAUAUAUGCUGCCAAAAUAUUCUAAUUUCAAAACAAAAAUGUGUACAUGAAUGUCACACUAGCACUGUUCACCAUAACCAGAUGAAAAUCCAAAUGUCUCUCAAUAGAUGAAUGGCUAAAAUGUACAAUUGUAAAAAAUCUAUUUAGCCAUAAAAAAUACUUGUACAUACUAUAAAACAGAUGACUUCCAAACAUGCUAAACUGAAAGAAGUUAAACACUAAAGGUAGACCUCAUGGCAAAGAAUGUUUCCAGGGCAAAAAAUGACAUGAUAAAAGGCACUAUUCAACAAGGCUACAAAAAUCCUGUGUGCAUAAAACAACAGAAUGUCAGCAUACAUGAACCAAACCUGAGAGAACUAAAAACAAAUUAUAGUUAUCAAAUUAAACAUCCCUCUCAGAAAGUGAUGGAACCAGUAAAUGGGAAAUCAGCAAGAAUAUAAAAGAACAGCACCUCAACCAGCCAAAUAUAAUCUGCAUUUAGAGAGCACUCCACUUAGCAACAGCAGAAUAUAUAUUUCAAGAACAAAUGGAGGAAGGACAGGAAGAUGGCGGUGUGAGUAGUUCAGAGGAAAUCUCCUCCC